AUGAAUAAGUAUACUCUAUAAUUUAGAGAUGCCACAACUGAAAGUAAAUUUAGAUAAUAAGCUGCCGAUAGUGUUUAAAUACCUACUUUUAAAUUUUGUGCAUACUCUUCCAUUUUAUACUUUGUGGUUUCUUUGAUAUUCCAAAUAAUUAAGCUUGAUGUUCGAACCAUAAUCACAAGAGUGAUAGCAGUAAUUAUGCUCAUGAUAACUUUAUUAAUUGUAAAAAAAAAUAAAGGCUAAGUAAAUAAGGGGCUCGUUAUAAUUAAUUUAUUGAUUGCAGCAUUUGAGUAUGAGCAAGAUGAUUCUUAUGAUGAAUUGAAUUAUUACCUUUAUGGAUGUAAUACUAUGCUUAUUCACACAAUAAUAAUUUUUACUUAAAGUUUCAAUUAUGCUGUGGUGUCCAACUUUGCUAUGUUAGUUAUAAGAUUAUCUGUCACUGGUCUUUAUACAAAAAUUAGUUAUAUAUAAUUAGUGGUUGCAUUUAUAACUACCUUUGGCUUUAUUAUUAUUUUAUAUUAGUCUGAAAAAUUUUAAAGAUCUUCAUUUUUGAUGACUUUAAAAGAUAAUUCAUGGGGUAAAUAAAAUUAUUAUUUUAGAAAUUAUGCUGCCAUUUAUUUUAACAAAACCAUUUCUUGUGUUUACUUUUGACCAAGAUUAAUUUUCAUAUUAAUUAAAAAUGAUUAAUAAAUUGGGUUUUCCUUUUGAGAAUAAUAAUAUUGUUCAUUAAUUUUUAAAAGAUGCCAAAUAUGGAAACUCAACUUUAUAGGAAUAUAUUUAUUUCUAAAUAAUAUCUUGUAAUCCUUCUUCAUUUUAGCCUUUUGUUUAAGAAUUACAAAUUAUAUUUAAAAAGAAAAAAAUAUAAUUAUUGAUUUCAGGUUGCUAUUUGGGACAGCCUAAUUUUAUUAUCGUAUUUUAAUCAGAGGAUAAGGAUAUUAGACAGAUGCAAAAAUUAUUUUAUUAAUAACAUUAAAUGUACUUGAAAUAUUUUUUAAAACAUAUUCGACAAACAUGCAAGUUUUUAAAGUCUAUUGUUGAGCAAAAUUAAAUAAAUUUAGCAAUUAAAUUGUUAAUAUCUCAUAAACAAAGUUUACUAUUUGAAGAUUAAAACUUAAAGAAAUUGAAAAACAUCAAUCCACACAAAACAAUAGAUAAAUUAUGUAAUUAUUUUAGGAGAAUUAAUUUUAAAAUUAAAUUCACAAAUACAAACUUUGAUGAAAUUCUUACAAUAAAACCUUGUUUUUUAAUGUUUUUAUAUGAGAUUUUUAAAAAUAUGGAUAGGAAUCAAAUUUAUCAUUUAAAAUCUUUUUAAUCAAAUAAACAAUACAUUAUUUUUUUGAUAGGAAUGACAGAAUAUCCAAAAACGAACUUGUUUUAAUUUUGUACAAAAUGUUUAAUUGAAUAAAUAGUUGAAAAAGAUAAUAGUAUAAAAUUAAAUAAAUUAGGUUUGUAAUUUGUAUUUUUGGAUACUCCUUUAAUUUCAUAUUAUAAAUCAAAUAUAAAAGCAUUUGCCAAUCCGUAUGAAUGA